AUGUGGUCUUGCAUCACAGACUUCUUCACCUACGAAACCACUAAGUCGGUGGUUGUGAAAAGUUGGACUAUUGGAAUCAUCAACCGUGUUGUCCAGCUCCUCAUCAUCACUUACUUCAUUGGAUGGGUGUUUCUCACUGAGAAGGCCUACCAGAUUAGAGACACAGCGAUUGAAUCCUCUGUGAUGACCAAGGUCAAAGGCUUUGGAAUCUACAAUAACAAGGUUAUGGAUGUAGCAGACUACGUCACUCCUACACAGGGAGCUUCGGUGUUCUGCAUCAUCACUAAACUGAUUACUACAGAGAACCAAGUCCAAGGAUACUGUCCUGAGAGUGAAAAAAAGUAUAUUUGUACAGACGACAGAAACUGCACAAAGUACAUCAAUAAGCCGGGAAGUUACGGAAUCGCUACAGGGAGGUGUGUUCCUUUUAAUGCCACGAUCAAGAUGUGUGAGAUUAAGGGUUGGUGUCCUGCUGAGAUCGACACCAUCAAGACCACACCAAUGAUGGAAAUAGAAAAUUUCACCAUCUUCAUUAAAAACAGCAUCCGCUUCCCGACCUUCAACUACACCAAAGGGAACUUCCUUCCUAACAUCACUCAAGAUUAUAUUCACAAGUGUAACUUUGACAUGGUCAACAACACCUACUGCCCGAUCUUCAGAGUGGGAGAUGUCGUCCGCUACGCCCAGCAGAACUUCACUAAUCUGGCAGACAAGGGAGGAGUGAUUGGAAUAAAGAUCGGCUGGAUGUGCGAUCUGGACAAGUCAGAUGAUCACUGUAACCCCUCGUACUCAUUCACCCGACUGGAUGCUAUGUCACAGAAGAACGCUGUCUCACCUGGCUACAAUUUCAGAUUUGCAAAGUAUUUUAAGAUGGAAAAUGGGACUGACUACCGCACUCUGGUCAAAGCCUAUGCUAUCAGGUUUGAUGUCUUGGUCAAUGGAAAUGCAGGAAAGUUCAACAUGAUCCCUACACUCAUUAACAUGGUUGCAGCCUUUACAUCAGUGGGAGUGGGCACAGUGCUGUGUGACAUCAUACUGCUCAACUUCCUGAAAGGUGCGGAGCAAUACAAGGCCAAGAAAUUUGAAGAGGUGUCCGACAACCCAUCCGAAGGCAGUGGACUGUAUCGUUCCCAACUGUCCCUCAGACAAACCAUGACAAAGUCCAAUGACUCGGGGGCAUUUUCUAUUGAACCCUACAGCUAAAUGGACAGCAUACGUGUUUAUUUCAUGUUUUAUUGUCCAGCAGUACCAAGGUGAAACCAUGUGUUUAUGUUGUUGUUAGAGAUAAUACAUAGAAUGCUGAAUUAUUGCUGCUUUGCA